AUGAAAUUAAAGAUGACCACCUCUAAGAGAACAAAGAAAGAUACUAAAUCUAAGAAGAAAAACGCAAAAAAUGUUGAGAAUUGUCCAGAAAUAACUGAAAUUUCAGAGAAAAAGUUCCAGGAAUACCUCUUGCAUUCAGCUGAAGAAGUUUUUGGCGAAGAAACUAAUUAUGAAAAUAAAGAUGAUCUUUUAAGCACAGUUCCGAAAUCUUUGAAAAGCAAGGACGACAACUCUAGCUCGGACGGUGCAAAUAAUGAUGCUAAACCUAUUGGGUAUAAAUAAAAUAAUUUGAGAGCAGGAAUAUCAGCCGGCUUCAAACCAGGCCUCAAUUCCUCUAAACAUAGGCCCUGUUCAAAGCUACCCAAAUUGAAGUAGAAAAAGAGAGAUAAAAGAGAAGCAGAAAGCAGCUGAAGAAGAAAAGCUUGCUCGUGAGAAGAGAUGUAAUGCCAGGAUUGAAGUAAUCCUCAACACAACAGGUUACUAUCUCACAACAGAUAGAGGUUUUGACGCUGUAGAGAACUUAUCCAAAAAGGAAUAUGGGAAAAAGGCCCGAAAAGAAGUCUGGAAAUGACUCCCAAUAUACAAAGCACAAGGGAUCAGCCAAGUUCUUGGGGUCAGCUCCUUCCGAGACCUUGAAAAGGCAAUGAGAGGCAACUUUUUCAAAGGAACCAUCGAUAUCUGGGAGGAAGAACUUGAAGGACUCACUCCUGAAGAGAUUGAGCAGGUAAGAGACAACCUCACCACUUGGAAAGAGCUUCUGAGAACAGAGAUCAUUCCAAAGUGGAUCCUCUCACUUACAGACAAGAAAAAGAAAGAGGAGAGCAAUAAGAACGUUGAUAAGAGAAGAGACACUGUAGGAAAGAAGCUACUUAGGGACUGCAGGGAGUUCUACCGGAUCAUUUGGGAGUGACGAUACAAGCAUGUCAAGGAUAAAGACAAAAUAGAGAAAACUCUCUAUAAGAAUAUUUUCAAUGAGCUAGGCCUGAAUGAAUACUACGGUGAACUAUGUCUUAUUGAUUACAAAACCUUCUUUAAUCGAGUCCUGAACCUUCCUCCAAACCUAAAGAGUGAGUAUCAUAAGCGCCAGAUUAAGGGAGGACCGAUGAAGGUAAUGAAAGGGUACAAUGUAAAGGAUCGGGAUGUGUUUCUCUAACCCACCCAGUUUUCUCACGACUGUAUAUAUUCCUCUACUAUACUUUCUACCCUCUCUACCUUGCGCAUACCAAGCCAGAGUUCCAAGACGUAGUACAGCUAGAAGUCAUCAAUGUAUGCAAAAACCUGGUAUAUAAAGUUGGAAAGAGC